AGCCCACGCAGGCUCACACCCCUCGCUGGGUCUCGGACCUGCCCUGGCUCACUCUCUUCCAGCCCGCCAUCCCUAACGGAGGCACCUGUUCCUGGUGGCGCAGCUCCUGGUGGCGCAGAGCGCGCGGGCCCGGGCGGCGCGGAAAGCAGCAGCAGGAGGAGGAAGAGCGGAGCAGGUCCGAGGAGCAGAAGCUUCGCAGCACACCUGGUGGUGAGCAUCUCUAGCAAGAGGAGAAGGCAAGGAUAGGCCCAGGAGUAAUGGCGUCCAAAGUCAAACAAGUCAUACUGGAUCUCACUGUGGAGAAAGACAAAAAGGACAAAAAAGGUGGGAAGGCCUCCAAACCAAGUGAAGAAGAAUCCCACCAUCUGGAAGAGGUUGAAAACAAGAAGCCUGGGGGAAAUGUCAGAAGGAAAGUCAGGCGACUUGUGCCUAACUUUCUGUGGGCCAUUCCUAAUAGACAUGUUGAUCACAAUGAAGGGGGAGAAGAUGUUGGGAGAUUUGUAGUGCAGGGGACGGAAGUCAAGAGAAAGAGUAAGGAGCAGCAGACUAGGCCUUACAGGCGUUUCCGAACACCGGAACCUGACAAUCAUUACGACUUUUGCCUCAUACCUUGAAAUCUAAGAUUUUUUUUCUGGGCUCAUAAAAUGGCUACUGUUUUACAGGCUUGUAUCUAGUGGGGUAUUUUUUCUGUAAACUUUUGGUGUUUCCACUUAACGGUUUCUACAUAAACAUUGUUUAAUAGUUGCAUUUAAUUCUAAACAUUCCUAUCAGCAUGGCAAUUUAACCCAUUUUAGAAAAAUAUCUUUUUCAUAAUUUGAAAUUAAUAAAGCAAUUUAAAAAGCAA